CCACCUGUCCCUAGGUUUUACUGAGCGUGCAGCUAGGGAUGGAUGUUGCAGAAGUGGUAUCUGGGGGAUCUGACAGUCUGCCUCCCUUUUUGCAAGAAGCUGGUGCUGGUGGUUCUGGGCUCACCAAGCACAAGGGUCCAAACGCUCCCUCACCUUCCUUAUUGGAGAGUCCUCAGUUGCAGCCCAUUGCACCUUUGAGUAGGGAUGUCAAAGAAAGCAGUAGGAUUCAGGUGUCUGUAAUUCUGCCAGUUUACAAUGCUGAGUGCUGGCUGGAUGAAUGUUUGAAAUCUGUUCUGGAUCAAGACUUCCAAGGUUCCAUUGAGCUCUCUGUUUUCAAUGAUGCUAGUACGGACAAUUCAGUAAACAUAAUCGAAAAAUGGAAGGUGCUUUUGGAAAAAGCAGGCAUUCGGGUACUACUUGGAAGAAAUUAUUCAUCUCAGCCAUGUGGAGUGGGCUUUGCUAAAAAUCAGGCAAUCGAUCAGAGCUCCGGGACCUACCUCUGCUUUCUGGAUUCUGAUGAUGUGAUGAUGCCCCAGAGAAUAAGGCUGCAGUGGGAAGCUGCUAUUCAGAAUCCAAAAUGUAUUAUAGGCUGCCAAAUUAAGAGAGAGCCAGCAGAAGCAACUGAACGAUAUACUAGGUGGAUCAAUAAUCUAACACAAGAACAACUUCUUACUCAGGUUUUUACUUCCCAUGGACCAACUGUAAUUAUGCCAACUUGGUUCUGUUCCCAGGAAUGGUUUCAUCAUGUGGGCAGAUUUGAUGAAGGGGGAAAGGGCACCCCAGAAGACCUGCUGUUCUUUUAUGAACAUCUCCGAAAAGGUGGAGGAGUCCUACGAGUCGACCAGUGCCUCCUUCUCUACCGUUACCAUCCACAGGCAGCCACUAAUUCAGUUUUAGAGGGAACCAUCUGGACAUACCGUAGCUUGUUUCUAGAAGAGAGAAUUCUCGGUCACUGGACACACUUCACCAUUUGGAAUGCUGGCAAACAGGGCAGGAAGCUCUUUAGGAGUUUGUCUCUGGCUAAUCAGAAAAAAGUGGCUGCAUUUUGUGAUGUGGAUAAAAAGAAAAUCACAAAAGGAUUUUACACUCAUGAAGAAUCUAAGGAAAACCCUAAACCCAGGAUCCCCAUCCUCCAUUUCAGAGAUGCAUCGCCACCUUUCAUUAUUUGCAUGAAACUGGAUCUGACAGGUGGACAGUUUGAAGAAAACUUGAACCUUUUGAACCUGAAGGAAAGUGUGGAUUAUUACCAUUUUAAUUGAAGUGUGUGGUACACUGGAAAGUGCUUCAUUGUGAAACAAACCAGAGGAGACAUUCUUUGCAAAGGUUUUGGUUGCACACAGUAGUAAUUGCAGUCCUACUAGGCAAUUUCUGCUUUGUUCAUGCAUUCAUCCCUCAAAACAAAUAUGAA